UUAGCUCUACUUAAAACCGAUAAAGCUAGCAACAAGAAGGGUCAAUCGGACAAUCAAGUUAUAAAUGGCUUACAUGAGAAAUUUUCGUCGCCAAAGCAACUGAAGUCAUUGCGCGAUGUCGAGGUGAGGGUGAUUGCACGUUAUUUCAAGAGGACAAGGUCUAUACGCAUAAAUGAAAGUGCGACAAAGCAAGCAAAAAUUGAUAUUUUGUCAACAUAUUUAGGCCAUACACGUGAACAGGAAACACACAAAGUGACAAUUAAGAAGAUGUUAAGUGUUAAGUCUUUACGUGAGCUUUCCGCAAAAGUUGUUUCAAAUAUGUCUAAGCAAGUUUUAAACUGUGCGCUAGCGGAAAUCAUAUGGUCAGAAAAAUAUGAGGAUUGGAAACUUCAAACGCGGGUAUCACAAAAUUGUUACAUAGAAGGGAUAGGUAUUAGUAGGGAAUGGUUCUAUCACCCAGAAUAUAGCACUAAUAGAAGUCAGUUGGAAGUCAAAUGCAUUGAUGCGACCCAUUUACUAACUCGAACCAGAAGAAAAUGUUGUAAAGGUGGUCUUGAUGGCAUUACAAAUGAGGCUUGGAAAGCUGUAGCUAAAACCGGAAAUACCUUUCUAACCCCCAUUAUGGUUGAAGAAAUAACCGAUCCAAUGUCUUCUGCUAUGGCUGCUACUCACUUUUCAGAAGAUGUUGAAGAAGAAAUGUACAAACUCGGAUAUACAGAUGCAGCCAAUUUAUGUAAAGAUGUAAGAUUAUGGUGGGAGGCUGAGGAUUGUUCAGGGUUCUCUGCCCUUGAACGCUUUACAAUGAGGGAAAAUCUUAGACAACGUCUUCUGUCACAUGUUAAGUUCAACAAGUACCCCCCACCUUCAAAGUACGUAGCCGGUUGGCCUUUACAACUCUGGGAAGCUCUGAUUGCGCAUAUAGAUGCUAAGACCUUAUUGUAUUCACUGUGUCAUGGUGGAACGUGUAAUGUCAGGGCAUUUAGUAGUCUUGUUGGUGAAACGUUUUUCUCCGAACUGGUUUUACAUGACAAAACUGGUUGUGGAACAGUGACGGCAGCCGAAUUUGGUCGAUUUAUCGGGGCUGCAUCGGAGCAGCUACACGUUCGACAUGAUCCUAAUAGGAAAUUUGUGUACAGAACAGGUCGAUCACAUGUUUAUGAACUGUCCGGGUCAGAGGUCACCACAAGCGAUUCUUCGUUCGAAAACGAUGAAUGCAGUGCAUGCCUUCCGAUGGUUCAAGUCUCGAAAAUUACACUUAAGUGAGUAGUUAAAUGUUUCCGUAUAGCACUAAAAUAAUUAUGGUAAACCACCUUUUCAACGAUUUAAAAUUUGAUAAUGCUCGCACACUAUCCUAUGAGAAAAAAAAACAAUAUAAUUUAUAUAUAAUGGAAAACGAAAAUGUUGCAGAAUAUAAUUAACAAAAGCUGCGUUUUUAAGGCUCCACAACCAUAUGUCGAGCUACGGUUGUGUCUGGUCUUUAUCGAUAAAAUAAUAAUAACAUAAAUGCAUAUUAUUUCUAUGUAUUGAUUUUAUUAAAUGACUAUUUAAAAAAGAGAGUGCACUUAAAAGUCGAAAUCGAUGCAAUAAUAAAUUCAAUGGUCAAGAUUGGCGCAGCCGAUCGAUUAUUAAGUUUUGAUAAUGCAUUAGUUAUAUAUUUCUUUUUUAAUUUAACGGUAAAUAUCAUAAAUUAAUUCUGCACAAUACAUUGUGUGAAAUAAAUAUUAUAUUGCCUCCUAAGAAAAUAUAACCACAAUGACUUGUAUUACGAAUCUUUGUUAAUAGUUUGAUUCGUUU